AUGGUAGAUGUAUCCAUUGUGUGGGUUUUCAGCCAAAGCAGUAAACUUAUUGUUACAGGUAAGAAUGCAUUAAACAGUAUCUAAAUUUAAUUUUAUUUUAUUAACUUGGAAAUAUUAGAAUGUUAAGUGUUUACUUACUGAUAUUUUAUUCUCACCAAACAUGAAAUUAUCAAAAAAAUUAUAAUUAAAUAUUUUAGUAAUAUCUUUUUCAUUGACUGCAGUCAACAAAAAAUGUAGGACAAUGAUAUUUUUUAUGUUUGAUCAUUUUUAUUACUUUUGUAAGGCCUACUUUUGAUUUUUGUUUUAAAAUGAAAGUCAGUAGAAAAAAACAAAUAUUAUUUUAAUAUUAAAAUGUUACAUUUUAUGUAUUGAUAUUUUAUUUUAAUCAAACAUGAAUUGUCAACAUUUUCUAAUUAAAGUUUUUAGUAAUAUCUGUUUUAGUUGACUGCCAUCAUCAUGUAGUGAAGAUUAAUAAUUAUCUUUCUAUUUUUUUCAUCAAUUUUUUUUAUUUAUGUAACAGUUACAUUGGAUAUUUCUUCUAAAAUUAUAAAUACAAUGACAAGUUCCCUAAAACUAAUAUUUUUAUUUAAUUUGCCCCUAAAAAUGAUACUUACAUGCAUUUUACCAAAGUAUUUUUAUGAAACUACAGGUUCACCCAACAAAAUAGCUUUAAAUAUUCAGUGUUUUAUCAGUGAAUUAAUCUAUAAAUAAAAUGGUAAAAUAUAAAAGUAGAGUUCUUAACAAAGCCUGUUCUUAAACUGACCCUAUUCUUGAUUGAGGCUAACAAUAGAUUUACCCUUUGUGUGGGUGUUCAGUCAAAGCAGUAAACUUAUUGUUACAGGUAAGAAUGCACUAAACAGUAUCUGAAUGUUUAUCUAACAGUUUAUUUUUAAAUAUUUUAGUAAUAUCUGUGUUAGUUGACUACCAUUGACAUACAGUUUAAUAAUCUUUUUUUAUUUUUUGAUAUUUCUUCUAAAAUCUAAAUCCAUUGAAUCACAAUUUUCUACUUAAAUAUUUUAGUACUAUCUUUGACAACUGACUACAUACGUGUAGCUUAAUAACUAUCUUUUUAUUUUUCUGUUAAUUUUAUUUCAUUUUUUAUUUUAUUUUUUUAAGUGCAUUCAUUUAUAAAUGAUAUGGUAAAAUAUUAAAGUAGUGUUCUUGACAAGGCCUUGAUUAAUUGACCCUAUUCUUGACUAGAAGUAAUAGUAAAUUAACCCUUUGUGUGGGUUUUCAGCCAAAGCAGUAAACUUAUUGUUACAGGUAAGAAUGAGCUAAACAGUAUCUAAAUUAUAUAACAGCUUAUAUAAACUUAUUGUUUCAGGUGAGACUAUACUGAAUUGUAUCUCAACAUUUAAUUAAAUAAUUCAUGUUGAAUGAAAGGGGAAAUAUUAUAUUGCAUGUUCACAUAUUGACAUCUUAUUUUUCAGUGAACAUUAAAUUAUUUUAAAUUUUUUUAACAAGUAUUUGAUUAAAACUACUACUAGCAAACAUGCGAUGCACUUUUUAAAUAAUUUUUAGCUUUUCAGUUUUUUCUAUUUCUAUUUUGUAACAUUUCUUUUGAUUAAUUAUACAUUUCUAAAUUUUUAAAUUUAAAAAAAGCAAAUCAAUAGACACAUAAUCUAAAAUGAGCAACUUUUUAAUUCAUCCUAUUCUUUAAUUAUUAAUUAGUUAUUUGUAUUGAAUUGAACAGAUGUUUAUUUAAAUUUUAGUUCAUCCAUCAAUAUAGUUUUCAAUAAUUAAAUUGGGCAUUGAAAUAUUCUGCUAAGCUUUCUAAAUACAUUAACCUAUAAAUAAAAGAAUAUGACUAGGGCUAAUGGUAGAUUUACCCCUUGUGUGGGUCUUCAGUCAAAGCAGUAAACUCAUAGUCACAGGUAAGAAAUCAAUGUUUUAUAAAUAUAACAUUUUCAUCAGUACUAAAGCUUGUUAAUAUUAUUAAUAUUAUUAAUAUAAAUAGUAUUGCAAAAAAUAUUUGGCAUCAUCUUUAUGUUGACAGGGAUUAAUUACAAUACAAUGCAAUACAAUGUUGUAAUCCUGAUCAAGAGUUAAUUAGUCAUAUUUAAUUACUUAGACACACAUUGAUGCCUCUUUAAAGAAAAGCAAAAUAAAAGGCAGAGUUGGAAAAAAAAUCUAUUUUGUCAGACAUACCUUGUCCUUUUUCCAACUUAUAUUACUUUGCAUUCAAGAAAAUCUUUAUAUUUAUUUUCAAGUUCACAUAUCUUGGUGUAAAGAGAUAGCCCUGAGGUCACCUCAACUUACUGUUCUUUGAAUAGAUCAUCUUUAUUUUGGUUAUUUAUUUAGCUAUAAAAUUGAAAUACAUAGAUCACAUAGAUGUUGAUUAGGGAUAUGUGUGCAAUGAACCAAUGUGUUCGUUUUCAGUCAAAGCAGUAAACUUAUUGUAACAGGUAAGACCCACCGUACAAUAUUUUACAAUAUACAUAUGCAAGUGUUAGGCAUUAUUUACACUUUCAUGCAAUUUUAAAAAAAAGUGUCUUUAUUUAACAUUUUAAUUAUUAAUAAUAAUAAUAUUAUCAUUGUGAGUUAAGACCAUUUAAGUUAUUGUAUUAUGUUUAAUAGUAAUCUUUUAUCAUUAAUAGGGAUUUAAAAUAUUAUUUUUUUUAUCUGCAGUGGUACAUUUUCAAUAUAUAAUUUAAAUAUAUUUAAUGUGUGUUAUAUAUAUUUAGGGUAAUAUGUACAAAGGCUAGCCACUAAACCAAGAGUCAGUGAUUUGAAAAUCUACAUGCAUAGUUGGGCUAAAAUAGCCACAUAUGAAACAAAGUCCCAAUUCAACAGGAGUAGAGAUGUUUUUGAUAAUUGUGAUCUUUUGUCUAAAGAUUAUCCCUAUGAGAGGAUUUUUAGUAAAAAAAAAAAUACACUCAUUGUUUAUGUUUUCAAACAUCUUGGUUUCUAUUGACAAAUAGGUACAUUUUAAUAUACAGUGAAAGUUAUCAAAUUGUGUAAUUUAUAUCUGUGAGAAUUAAUGCAUAUUAAUAUCGGACUAUUAUUUUGGAUGGAAAUUAAAUGAUGUAUACACCUUUAUCCUAUACCUUUAAGUUUAUCUCCAUUAUGCACAUCAUAAGAAUGUUCCCUUCAGGGAGCAUUAAGUGAAUAAGAGUAAUUAAGCAAGGAAUUGGUAUCCUCUGUUUAUUAAUUCUUUUAAAAAAAAACUCUGCAUUGAACUUCACGAGCAAUGUUUGAAAGCAUCUUUAUCUACAUUGUAAUAGAUUGAAUUGUUUAAAUCAUCCAUUGUAUGAUGUAUUGUAUAGGCCAAUUACAAAUGUUUGAUUAUUUAGAAAAGGCAAGUUGAAAGAUUAUAGUGAAAAGGCAUUAUAGUUUGACAGCGUAACAUGGUUGAUGUCUGUUGGAUAGGACUUAGAUUACUUUUAAAUUGAUUUCAUUUUUUUUCUCUGUUUUUUUUUCCAGUGGAUAAAUUUCCUGAACCUGCUAUUAAUGUCUUCGCCCCAUAUGUUGAAGAUCAUUCGACAAAAGAUAAUCAGGUCCUAACCUGCCAUGUCAGAAAGAUGUCAGUUAGUUUGGUUAAUGUGAAAUGGAUAAAAGAUGGUACCACAAUCCAAGAUGGAGUCAGCACAAGUCAGCCUACUCGGGAGACAGAUAACACCUUCAGUAUGAGCAGCUACUUGACCAUUCCAGCAUCAGACCUCAACAAAGACAGCAUUUACUCCUGCUGGGUCCAGCAAGAAGGUUCUUCUUCCUUCACAUCACAAGGAAUCAAUUUGUCCCAGUGUUAA